GGGGCAGGCGGCUGGCGGCGGCCAUGGCGGCGGCGGGGAAGGGCCCGUCCGUGCUGUUCCUGCACCCGGACCUGGGGCUGGGCGGGGCGGAGCGGCUGGUGGUGGACGCGGCGCUGGCGCUGCAGGCGCGCGGCUGCCGCGUGCAGAUCUGGACGGCGCACUUCGACGCGACGCGGUGCUUCGCGGAGGCGCGCGGCUUGGCGGUGCGGUGCGCUGGCGGCUGGCUGCCACGCAGCCUGGGCGGCCGCGGGCACGCGCUCUGCGCCGCCCUGCGCAUGGUCUUCGCGGCGCUCUACGUCCUGCUGCUCAGCGGCGAGGAGGUGGACGCCUUCGUCUGCGACCAGGUGUCUGCUUGCAUUCCAAUACUUAGACUGGCCAGAAACCGUAAGAAGGUUUUGUUUUACUGUCACUUCCCUGAUCAGCUUCUGACGAAGAGAGAAUCUUUUCUAAAACGCAUCUACCGAAUUCCACUUGACUGGCUGGAAGAAUACACAACUGGCAUGGCAGACUGCAUUGUUGUCAACAGCAAAUUCACUGCGAGCGUGUUCAAGGACACAUUUAAGUCCUUGUCUCACAUAAACCCAGAGGUCCUCUACCCAUCACUCAACACCAAAAGCUUUGAAACAAUAGUUCCUGCAGACAUAGCCGACCUGAUACCCAAAAAGAAAAAAUUCUUGUUUCUUUCCAUUAAUAGGUAUGAGAGAAAAAAGAAUCUAGCAUUGGCUCUGGAAGCUUUGCAUGAGCUUCGUGGGAGACUUGAUUCUCAUGAGUGGAAUGAAGUUCACCUGGUUAUGGCAGGUGGCUAUGACAAAAGAGUUCUGGAAAAUGUGGAGCACUAUGAAGAGCUGAGGAGUAUUGCGACCAAGCUUAAUGUUAGCAAUCAAGUGACUUUCCUGAGAUCGUUCUCAGAUGAACAGAAAAUCUCUCUUCUUAGUAACUCUGUGUGUGUGCUUUACACACCAAGUGAAGAACACUUUGGCAUUGUACCUCUGGAGGCAAUGUAUAUGAGGUGUCCAGUUAUAGCAGUUAAUUCAGGUGGUCCCUUAGAAUCAAUCUUGAAUAAUGUUACAGGAUUUUUGUGUGAUCCUCUGCCAACACAAUUCUCUGAGGCCAUGGAAAAAUUUGUGAGAGAUCCUCUCUUAAAAGACACAAUGGGAGCAGCUGGGAAAGCCAGAGUUAUGGAAAAUUUUUCAUCAGAAGCAUUCACAGAACACCUGUACCAAUAUAUAUGCAGAUUGAUACAGUAAAAUUAUAUUUCUGUAUUACAUUUUACAGCUUUGUAUAUUUGAUCUUUAUAGGGGAUCAAUAUUCAGUGUGACUGUGAUGAAGAACACUGAAUAUGUGUUUCUUUGUUUUACUGCUCAAUACAAAAAGCAACAAACAAAAAAGCUCCUGCUGUUUUAUUAGAAAGGUCACAUGAGGGGCUGAUUUGCCAUUAUACAAGUUCUGUGUGCUGUGCCUGGAAAAAUGCAUAGUUCAAGUCGCAUUGACUUGCAAGAUUAUCACACAUUUUACUACUGUAUAGUAUGGCUAAUUCAAUUUAGAAAAUGCAAUCUUGUACAAAUAAGACUUGGUAUUACUGUACAGCUUUAUUUUUUUCUGUAAAGCUGCCUUUCAAAAUUUCAUUUUUAUUAGUUUGUAAAUAAAAGAGUUGUUAUGGAAAAAAUUGCACAAUCCAAUCGACUGCAUGUCUAAAAAAAUAAACAACAUCCUUAAGGAUAUGAAUGGUGUGAUCUUAAAAUAAUUGGCCUUUUACUGUACUAUUCUCCCAGAAUUGUUCUGUUUAGUCACACUGGGAAUAGCACACAACUGUUUGAGCAGGAGGAAGCUGAGAAAAGAAUAAAGCCAAGGACAUCAGAUUACCUGGGACAAAAAUAUUAGUUAAUGUGAUUGAAUUCUACAUUUAUGCAGAUUAUCUGCUAUGCCUAAGGAUGUAAUUUUAUUUUAACAAUUUCUGGU